CUCGUAGCAUUCCGUGUGUAUUAGUCGUCGUCAUCCUCGUCCCCGCCCCCCAUUCCCGAGUUUCCAAGUUCCAAAUUAUCAAUUGUUCUAACUUCUGCUACAAGCAUUGAAAUAUUCGGUUAACUGCUAGAGGAAGGGAUGUUAAAAUAUUUUAGAUUUUCUGUGUUGGAAAUUCGUAGUCGUUUUAGUUCUAUUGAAAUAUAUUAAUGCUACGGGGAAAAUAUGCCGAAGUGUGAGAUAUUUGCUUUCUGAACAUAAAUACAGUUAAAUAUCCAUAUUUAAUCUGUUGGACGUGAUAAUAGCUCUGUUCUAUGUAUGCUGUCUUAAGAUCACCUACCGGACCUACCGUUACCUACAAACCGUACAACUCGCGUAACCCCUCCAACGCCCACAAAGUCCAGCAAUGCCUGCAAUUACCUGUCCUGGUCGUCCUGGUUUUCUCAGUGCUACCAACCUAUGUCAUUGACGGUCAUUGACAACCAAUAAAUAUUAUUUCACAAGUAUUAGGAAUAUUAAGAAGAGUUUAAGUGCACAUACGAAGUGUGACUUUUAGCUUGUUGAAGUACUGUAGAGUUUUGAUGAUAUAUAAUUUACUCACUUUCAUUACGUACAUAUUCUUGCCGCAUACUUAAUUGGCCAUCCUAAAUCUUAAAUGCAUGUUGUUUGUGGGUGCUUUAAUUUGUCUAUAAAAUGAAGUAUAAUAAUUGAAAUGCAAAGUAUUAGCAUAAAUAUUACCCCGGUGCUAAAUGUGCAGGAGCAUGAAAUCAAUAUCAAGAUUUGUAAUUAUUUUUUCAAUUCUUAGCGUAAUAUUUUUUUACGUUAUUGUGAAUUAUUUUAACUCCUCACAAGCCGGACUCUCGAAUCAAAUUGUAUGGACAGACGGUUUAAGUAAUAACAGAAGGGAACUUAUUGGUGUCUCAGAGGUACAGUCUAAUGAAGAGUUAUUAAGCUUGCAGAAUUAUGGUGAACUUGGAAGCCGCCUUCAUAUGUACAAAAACUCUAUGCAAGGAAGUCAGAUUGUGCUGGCAGUUGUGGCAUGUGGUGAUCGCCUAUCAGAGACAUUGGUUAUGAUAAAGUCAGCAAUCCUUUUUACUCAGAAACCACUGAACAUCAUUGUCCUUGCUGAUGAUCCUCUGAUUGCAAGCUUCAAGGAAAAGCUGAAUGUUUGGAGAACAUCAACAAACCAUUCAUUUACAUACAAGGUUCUUCCAAUCACUUUCCCUCUGCAGGGGAAUACGGAUGAGUGGAGGAAACUGUUCAAACCUUGUGCCUCUCAAAGACUUUUCUUGCCUACUGUGUUGAGUGAUGUCGAUUCUCUUCUCUAUGUUGAUACGGAUACAUUAUUUCUUGGCCCUUUAGAAGAUGUUUGGAGACAUUUUGACCUAAUGAAUGCAUCCCAGAUGGCAGCACUUACACCAGAGCAUGAAGAUCCAAACACAGGCUGGUACAAUCGCUUUGCCAAACACCCAUACUAUGGACGUUUAGGAGUGAACUCUGGUGUCAUGCUGAUGAAUCUCACACGCAUGAGAGCAUUUAGUUGGACUAACUAUGUUGUACCAAUUUACAAAGAGUAUAAAUUGAAAAUCACAUGGGGUGAUCAGGAUAUCAUCAAUAUUAUAUUUCAUUUUCAUCCAGAUAAACUGUAUGUUUACCCAUGCCGAUAUAACUACAGACCAGACCACUGCAUGUACAUGUCAGUAUGCAAGAGUGCAGAGUCUCAGGGCAUUGCAGUAUUACAUGGUAGUCGAGGCAGCUUUCAUGCAGAGAAACAACCAGCAUUUCGAGCUAUCUACCGAGCAAUGGAGGAGUACCAGUUGGGCACUGAUUUGUAUGUCAAUCUGUUUUCAACCAUGCGAAACUACUUAGAACUAACUACAUCCACCAACUGUGGCAAGAUUCAACACAUCUUCACAAAAGCAAUGCAACAUUUCAUUCAGAAAACAUAUGGUAGAUAACAAUUCAGCAUGGUGUGAUAAAUAUGGUGAGGAUUGAUCACCUUUAUUUUGUAAGAUUUCCUUUGGAAAAUGUUAUGAUCAUUUAUAUUGUGGUCAGUUUCAUAACCACCACUGUUGUAACUUUAAUUCUGUAAGAUAACAUAUACUUGUACAACUAGUAAAGUCUGAGCUAGUACAUUCUGCAGAUUUUGAAUGUAUGCACAACCAUUCACUACUUGUCAUCUUUGCUCUCAGAAUGAAUGUACAAUGGGAGAUCUGAAAGCUUAAUGCAUUCUGCUUGCCUGAAAUUUACUGCACUUCUGAUUGUUACUCGUACAGAACAAGCAAGAAGGAACUCCAUGGCCUGUAGUCCACAAGCAAUCUAUACCGACCAAGGGACUGCCGCUUGUCGGCAAAGUUAGUGCCAA